UUUGGUAUUGUCGCCCGCCUCGAAGCUCUCUUCUCUCUCCUGUCCCCAAAAUCUAGGGUUUUAGGUGUUUUUUCUCUUCAAUAAUCGUCUUCGGCAGGAUGAGCAACGACAAGGACAAUUUGAACAUGAGCGAUCUCACCGCCGCUCUGAAUGACGAGGACCGUGCUGGGCUUGUUAAUGCCCUGAAGAACAAGUUGCAGAAUUUGGCUGGACAGCACUCUGAUGUUCUGGAGAGCUUGACUCCAUUAGUCAGGAAGCGUGUUGAGGUUCUGAGAGAGAUACAGAAUCAAUAUGAUGAAAUGGAAGCAAAGUUUUUCGAGGAGAGGACAGCACUAGAGGCCAAAUAUCAAAAGCUUUAUCAGCCUCUAUAUACCAAGCGGUAUGAGAUUGUGAAUGGCGUGGUUGAAGUUGAAGGAGCCCCAGAAGAAGCGAAGGCAGAACAAGAAGAGGAUAAAGCGGUUGAAGCAGAUAAAGGAGUUCCAGAUUUCUGGCUUAUUGCGUUGAAGAACAAUGAUGUGACUGCCGAAGAGAUAACUGAGCGUGAUGAAGGAGCACUCAAGCAUCUCAAAGAUAUCAAGUGGAGCAGGGUUGACGAACCAAAGGGCUUCAAGCUUGAGUUUUUCUUUGAUCAAAACACGUACUUCAAGAACACUGUUUUGACAAAAACAUAUCACAUGAUUGAUGAAGACGAGCCUAUCCUUGAGAAGGCUAUUGGCACGGAUAUUGAGUGGUAUCCUGGAAAAUGCUUGACUCAGAAGAUUCUCAAGAAGAAGCCCAAGAAGGGAUCAAAGAACGCAAAACCAAUCACCAAGACUGAAGACUGUGAAAGCUUCUUCAACUUUUUCAACCCACCUCAAGUUCCCGAUGACGAGGAAGAUCUUGACGAUGAUAUGGCUGAUGAACUUCAAAGCCAAAUGGAACACGACUAUGACAUUGGAUCUACCAUUAAAGACAAGAUCAUUUCGCAUGCUGUGUCAUGGUUUACGGGUGAAGCUGUCCAGGUGGAUGAACUUGACAUGGAUGAUGAUGAUGAUGAAAUUGAUGAAAAUGAAGAUGAAGAUGAUGACGAUGAUGAUGAGGAAGAGGAAGAGGAUGAAGAAGAGGAUGAGGCCGAGGAGGACGCAAAGAAAAGCAAGAAGAAGUCAUCGGCUGGGCAUAAGAAGGUUGGAAGAGGUCAGGCCGCCGGAGGUCAGGAGGGCGAGAGGCCACCUGAAUGCAAGCAGCAGUAGAAAGAGUUCUGUGUUCUGCCGAGAAAGCCGCUUCACUUAUGCCCGAAAGGUUCGGCUUUGACGGUGUUGUUGUCAGAAAAUGGACCCCAAAAAAAUGGUGGGUUAUUAUGAAGAGUCUGGUUAUCAGUUUUGGUUUGGUGAUUUUGUUAAUUUUCUUCUCUGUCUUCAAUUUUUUUUCUCUCUUGGGUUCGUUCUUGUUUUCGUUAUAGUGCAAGCAAAAUGGUUCUUUUUAGGGUUAAAAAAAGAGUAAUUGUUCUGUUUUCUUUUUGUAAUGUCUACAUGAAUGGAACUUGUAUGAGUUAAAAAAAAAAAAAAGAGUAUUUGUUCUACU